AUGUCCGCCUUGGCUCCAUCGCCUCCGCCUCCACCGCCACCACUACCAUCCGCCAUGGGCAAGCGUACUUCACAGCUAUUGCGCGAGUUGGACGACCUGCUGGCACGACUUGACAAAGAAACGAAAAUGAAGCUCGGCGUGGAGAAUAUGCUUGAGGUCUAUCUCAAGGAUAAGAAGCGGAAAAAGGAUCUUGAAGCCCAACUAGAAAGUUGUAAUGUCUCCAUGGAUGAGAUUGUCCAGCGUAUCGAAUACAUUCGUACCAAUGCCGGCGCAAGCACCGCAGAAGUAGCCCAAAAACUCAAGGAACAUAGCUAUUCUGGAAACGCACUAUUCUCAUCGGCAAUCACAUCAUCCACAUCUUCGUCCUCGCGAACUAGAGGCAAACCUCGAUCGAAUAGCUCGCCUAAUAUCAAAGGCAAGCAAAAGGCGUCGCAGGAAAAUAUAUCGUUUCCCGAUGAUGAUGCCUGGCCAAUUGGUAAACGAUUACACCAUAUUAUCACGCAGUUACGCAUUGACGAGUGGAAGGCGGCAAAACCAGGCACAUCUGCAGAUGCAUUAGCGGUCAAAGAAUCUAAGUUAUCCAAACUCGACACUUUGCUCCGGAUAUUGAAAAACACAACGGAUAUUGAAGCGCAUUAUCCGAAACGGAACAUGGUAGCUUGUCUGCGUCAAUGUAUUGCCGGACCAAAUCGAGAAGUGCGGGUCAUGAGUCUACGCAAUUUGCGUCAUCUUGUGGAGGGACCUGCAGACGUCAAAAUCAUGAUGGACAUGCAGAUCGAUAUAUUCAUUGUCAGAGCACUUUCACGUGAUCCCAAUAAUCAUGAGCCAGAGCGAGAACAAAGCUUGAAACUCGUACGAUCUUUUAUCGAGUACAACGGUCUCCGAUAUAUCAACCAAGGCAUUGUACGCGCCAUCGUGGCUAUAGCUGAACAAACAGAUUGUCGACUACGGAAUAUAUCCUUGGAGACCUUGGCAGAGUUAGCCAUUCUCGAUAUUGGGCUUACUGUACGUGCUGGCGGAGUCCGAGUCCUUAUGCAAGCACUAUUGGACGGACAACUCAAUAUGGCCGAAGUACUUGUACAUGCUCUUGUAUAUGUAUUGGAUACACCUGGACGGCGACGGUAUUUACGACCUGGAGUCGAGCUAGAGAUGAUCAUUGCACCUUUCACGGAAACGGGCAAAGGAACCAACUUUGAAGAACGGUUAAAAAACAGUGCGCGUGUGACUCUACGUUUCCCCGUUCCAGAAACACAGAAAAUCGUGCUGGACAUGUUUUUUAAUGUCUUCCGAGUCAAGCUACCCAAAGAUUACAACAGCUUUUUGGCCGGACGACAGCACACAGUUCAUAUUGGCCCAGGAAGCAAUAACGCGGGAGCUGACCAAGCAGCAGCACCACUGGCAGGACGCAGUGGAACAUCACGACUCGGAAGCAGUAGCAACGACAUUAACGACCUUUUGAUGAAGAACUUCAAAACUGCCGAUAUCAAGAAUAUGGCAAACAAAGAGCGAAGCACAGCAACCAACAAUGCCGAACGACUCAACAUGCUGGAUCAUCACCUCUGUAUCAUACUCAUCAUAUUUAUUGACGCCGACAUUCUAAUGGCGUUAGUAGAUAUGGUCAAGUCGGACGACGUGUAUAUAUCACGCAAAGCAACGCUCCUGAUCGGCGAGAUUCUUCAGCUAUCCACACGUUUAUUACCCAUUAUGAUGGGUAUCCAGGUUCAGUCUUUACCAAAACUUUUUGCACUAGCAUCGAAUUUUGAAGACGAACAAGUCCGGCAUAAUGCGACGACGGCCCUCGCACAUAUUGAUCGACUGACGCGCGCACGGGCUCGAUACAUGUCGCAAACAGUCUCCUCCAACGCCUCGUUAAAGGGUGAAGGACGGCUAGUAGCAGCCAACAAUACGGCACGGACGCAGGAGAUGGUGCAUGAAGUCAAGCUCAAGAUUGGUAUGGCAAUCGACGAUACCCAUUUCCGACAGCUGUUGAUGGAUACACAAGUCUUGCAUACAAAAGACUAUACAAAAUGGAGCUGGGAAAGUAUCUCUGAGCUCUUACAAGGACCGCUCUUGAACCCACGUCGAAUGGAAGAAGCCAUGCGAGGGAAAAAGUUCAUCAAGCGUUUGCUCGCCUUUUAUCGACCGUUUGCGCACAAGUUUUCUGACGCUAAUGCGUCGAAAGCCAACAUUGCCCGCCACCUAAAGACCGGCUGUGUCUUGAUCCAGACGCUGCUGGGCAAUCCUGAUGGCGUCCGAUACUUGGGCGAAAACAAGUUGUUGGGCCAAAUCGCCGAGGCGUUGAGCGAGCUGGACCCGUUGAACGGCGAUCCGGAAACGGAACCCAUUUUUUCCAAAGAACGGAUGGAAAAUACCCUCAGCCGCGGCUAUUUCACGCUGCUCGGUGUGAUGAGUAAACACAAGGAAGGUGUACGCCUCAUGGAAAAAUUUAAAAUCUUUAGCUUGUUCUACCAGCUCUCCGAAUUACGGAACCGUGACGACCUCAAGAUUGCUAUUAUCACCAAUAUGGAUUACACGCUUGAUGGCCAUCCACGGGUCCUGCUGUCUAAGAUCAUGACGUCGGGGUAUAAUCCAAUCCGGCUGUUUGCGACACAGUAUCUGAGCAUUAUCAUGCAGCGGUCAGAAAGCGAGUAUAACGGCUGGAUCAUACGUUUGCUAUUGACCCAAUUGUACGACACCCAUUUGGAUGUAUGUCAGAUGGCAGUCAACCUGUUAGACGAGGCGUGCGAGAACCAAGCCAAUUUAGAGCUGCUGGUCAAAUACCGUCCGAGUCUUGGACACCUUGGUGAAAUUGGAAAUCCUUUGUUACUAAGAUUCUUAUCCACGUCUACCGGGUUUCGAUAUUUAUAUGCAUUGGGUUAUGUACAAAAGGAAAUGGACGACUGGUUUGAGCUGGAGCUGUCGCUGGCGAGAGCUUUGGCCAAUACCCCUGAAAGAAAGGACCAGAAUCCCUUUGAAGAACGCAUAGACAGUGAAAGUAAUUUUGAAACUCUGCAACCUGGUGAUGGAUUAUCACCGCCUCAUUUUUAUGGCGAGCUGACAAAGACCGAAGAUGGAUGCGGAUUAUUACGAGAAAAAGGCCAUUUCCAGUACUUUGCCAACUAUAUUCGCAACUACUCACUUGAAAACCAAAACCCAGAAGUGUUCCAACAGCUCAAGGCCGUCCUGUGGGCCGUUGGAAGUAUUGGAGCCACCAAGAAUGGGUUACCGUUUCUCGAAGAAGAAGAUAUUGUCAAGGACAUUACCCAGAUUGCAGAAAACAGUGAAGUUCUGUCACUAAAAGGAACGUGUUACUAUGUACUGGGUUUGGUGACUAAAACGCAGCAAGGUGUCGAACUGCUUGGCGAACUUAAUUGGGACGGUGUCACGUCGUCAAACGGUGUUCCUGAAGGCCUAUGUGUUCCUCAGAACCUAGAACUUUUCCUUAGCAUCCGUAACUGGAAGUAUACCCCGGCGCUGUCCGAUCCGCCUGUCUUUCCAAGCAUCCUGGAGAAGGAUGCCAUUACGUUGAAUAUCCUCAAAAACAUUGGUGACAUGAGCAACCAUAUUCUCGCCAACGAAGCAUCUAAAAACUUGGCAAAGUUGAGAUAUAAAUGUCCGGAUCAUUUCAAACGCGUCGAUCUGUUCUAUUGUGUGUGUCAGCUUUUGGGAAGCUACCAUUUCCGAACUCCAGUGCGGAAAUACAUUCUAGAGAUCUUUGAGAUGCGGUUUACACCCGAGUUAUUGCAAGAGUUGGAUGAGGUGGCAGCGGAACGAAUUCUAGCUGAUAAUGAGGAAGCAGCCAAAGAGAAUGAAAAGGAAGACACACAAGAUCAACAGCAACAACGACAACAACAGCAGCAGCAGGAAGAGCAACAACCGGAAGCAACGGCAGCAUCGUCGGUUUCUGGAAACGGACAAGAGCAACAGCCACAAGCAUCAUCGGGCUCAGUGGUAACCUCGUCGUUGACCGAUGAAAAGAAGGCAUUACCACACGAAACACAAAAAGUGCCUCAAGAAACACUGGAGCCAGUUUGUAAACAAAUAGGAUUUAAUAUUACGUAG